AUAUUAUUCGGACUCAAAGAGAUUUUUAGGGUUGCAUUCAAAUUUUUGUCGCAUUCCGGCUUAAGGUUGCAUGAGCAAAAGAAUUUUAUAAUUUCAUUAUUUUCGUUUUGGUAAAUGUAGAGAUUAUACAACAUUUUGUAAGAUUAUACGGAAAAUACGGAGUUAGUGAUACAGAUGGAUUUUUCAUUUGAAACUUCAAGAAUCAAAGAAAUCGCGGACAAUUCGUGGACAGUGUCACCUCAGGUCUGCACAUACAGACAUGGGUUCCAAGAAAAAUGUAAACGUCCCAGACACAGAACUACUUUCACUCAGGAGCAACUCAAAACUAUGGAAAGAGCUUUCAGAAAAGCCCCCUACCCCGACGUCACAGUGAGAGAACGUCUCGCCAAAACAUUGGGCCUAAAUGAGUCACGUAUUCAAAUCUGGUUCCAAAACAGAAGAGCAAAGUGGCGAAAGGGAUUGGCCCCGAAGGUUGAAGUAGAAAACACCGCUGAAGAGCGGAAGCCAGAGACUGCAGAUAAAUCUGCAAAUUCCCAUGAACCAAAUUUGCCACCGACACCAUCUUUUACAGCUAGACACACAUCUUUGCAUGCUCCCAUGAUGCAAUAUCCAACAUGGCAGCCAUGGAGGGUUCCAAAUGACAUGAUCUGGUACCCGUCUUUUGUUCAAGAACGUUGUUACCAAUCGCAUUGUGCAGGAGACCACCAAGCAGCUCACGUGCUUCACUUCCUAUCACGAUGUCAUCAGCAUAACUUGGCACUGACUGACGAACACGAAAGUGUGAAACAACUGAGUUCUUAAGAUUUCCAGCUGGGCAUUUUUUAAUUAAAUGGCUUUUAUUUAAUAUGUAUGUAUUAACAUCGGAUAAGAUCAAGAUACAGUGAUUUUUAUAUUACAUCCGCUAUUUGAAAAAUAGGCAUGAUUGUUAAUUAAUGCCCGAGAAUAUACUAAAGAUGCGACAUCUUAAAAUUACAUCUACAUUUAAAAGCACCAUGUCUUUCUGUAAACGCUUUGACUCGAAAUAAUUAUAGAACAUUGUAUAUACACUAGAGCAAAUAUCAGACUUUUGUCACAAGCAAAAAGCCACAAUUAUUCACGUAAAAAGAAACAUUAGACUACAUUUAAGUUACAUUGGUAUUUCAUUUUUAAUUGUUUUUAGCAUUAUUAUUAUUUUAUUUUAUUCUAACUUAACUACAACUUGAGCUGGGAAAAUGUGCAAUACCCAUAAAUAAUCCGCUAAAUUUGUUUAUUUGACAGCAUAUGAAAUCGUUAAAAUGUUAUGAACUGUACAUAUAUUUCGUAUAUCUAUAUUAAAUAUGUAUUUUGUUUCA